AUGAGGAACAUUCUAGGGACUAACAUUGCUGAGGUUCAUGGUGCUACACAUAAACGAAUUAGAGGCUCACUAUUAUCUCUCAUUGGUCCAACUUCAGUUAAGGAUCGACUUGUGCCAGAAGUUGAUGAGUUCAUGAGGUCUUACCUUGACAAUUGGGAUGGUAAAAUAAUUGAUCUUCAAGAAAAAACUGUUGAGAUGUCAUUCUUUAUUUCCUUGAAAGCGGUUGUAGAAAAUGAGCCAAACUCUUUCCUUGAGUCCUUUAAAGCCACAUUUGAUAAGAUGGCAAUAGCAACAAUAUCCUUGCCAAUUAAAUUCCCAGGAACCAAUUAUUAUCGGGGACUAAAGGCUAGGGAAAAAGCGAUUCCAAUGCUAAAAGAGCUCUUAGCCAAGAGAAGAGCUUCUUCGGCUACUCAUGGUGACAUUCUUGAUCAACUUAUGAGAACUGAGAAUGGUGGACACAAACUAGAUGAUGAUGAAAUAAUUGAGCAAAUCAUCACAAUCUUGUAUUCAGGUUAUGAAACG